AAUUUAGAAAGGCUCAGGCCAGUCGGGGGAUAGAGGAGUGCCUCUUGCAGGUGCUUAUACACACCGACCACCAUGGCAGAGAACGGCGCAGCAACCAAUUCUUCGUCUCCCCCACUAUUUGACAUUGCCCACCACUUACCUCUCCGUCUAAUUAGAUCGGAGAUCAUCCCUCCGGCCCCGAAUCUAACCAAUUCAGCCUCCGGACCGGCUAUUGACUGGUUAUACGACUUCGCCGGCUACACAUGGAUCGCCUACGGAGCAUCUUCUCUCUUAGUCAUCUCUCACUUCCCCAAUCCACUUUCCCACUCCGAGACCCUCAUCGGUCCAAUUUUCCGCCAGGUCUUCCAGCUCUCCAUCGACGGCACGGGCAUUGUAUCAGCAGUCUCUUGGUCCCCUGCUACACCUUCCGCUGGUGACCUAGCUGCGGCAUUGGAUAAUUGCAUUGGAGUAUUCUCUUAUAAUUCCGAUAUUCCUCCUUCUAAUAGUUCUUUUUGUUGGAGCCAGAGUGCAAUUCUUGUACAAUCUACCAAGGCAGAGGUGAUACAAUGGACUGUUUCAGGAGAUGGGAUAAUUGUAGGAGGCAUUGAGAUAGUCUUAUGGAGAAAGAGAGAGAAAUCCUGGGAAAGGGCUUGGAAAUUCAAGCGAACAGUGCCUCACACUCUUGUUUCUGCUAGCUGGUCAAUUGAAGGACCUCUGGCAACAGCUCCUUUUGGUAAAUUGCAGGUCGGAAUUUUGUCUUCUCCAGUAAAUGAGGCAUGCAAUUCUGUUGCGGUGAAUUUUGGCCAUGGAGAUUCCAAAUUUUUUCAAUCUGAGCUUCGUCAUCCAUUGCCAAUAUCGAUGAUCCAAUGGAGACCAUCAACUGGAAGACCACUAAAUGGAGAUGUCAGACAACCACCAAGGUUGAUGUUAUUAACAAGCUGUUUUGAUGGCAGUGUGAGACUAUGGAGUCAGAGUGAUGAUGGGAAGGUCAAAAAAGGUGGCAAGGACAGCUGUGAUCAUGCAAUGACAAAGUUAUCCUUUCGAGUUGUUGCUGUAAUUGAGGUAAACCAAGCACUCAAUGGAACUUUAGGCUCCACUGUAUUUGUCACUUGGGCUACUGAAAUCGACAGUAUUGCUCGCCCCCAGUUUUUCUCCCCUGAUUAUCAAUACAAUAAGACUGGCUAUUGUGAAUGGUUAAUUGGGUUUGGUCCUCAAUUAACAGUUACCCUCUGGGCUAUUCACUGUCUUGAUGAAUUUUCUCCACUGAGAUUUCCCCGGGUCACAUUAUGGAAAAGACAAGAAUUAAUCAGUCCUCAAGUGGGAUCUGGAGGAUUGCUACUCAAUAAAGUAUUCAUCAAGAGAAAUAAAAUGUUUACCCCACCAACAAUGUGUUCUUUGCUUCAAGUAUUACCCUGUAAUUCUCUGGCUCUUUUGCACUCACAUUCACAAGCAUCACCUGAUGCACAAGAUAGAUCUACAAAUAAUUGUUACGAUAAAGACUUAUUAUCAUCCUGUGCCUCCGGAAUUCUGGAUAUUGAUAGUCACACUGGGACUAUAUUAAAGGUUGUAGUUCAUCCUUAUCUAUUCGAAGCUGGACUUGCUGCUUCUUUGGAUACAAAUGGACUGCUUCUCUUUUGGUCACUUUCCACUGCUUCUAAUGGUGUUGCUGGCUUGCGGACAUUGAAUCCCUCAUGCAAACUUUAUAGGAGAAGUGUUUUUUCUGAAACUCAUGCAAAGUGCACUAGUUUGGCAUGGGCACCUGCUAUCUUCAAUGAGGUUCGGGUUCUUGUCAUGGGGCAUGCUGGAGGUAUUGAUUGCUUUAUAGUAAAGGUUAUGGACAAUGAAGAAGACAAAAUUGCUGUCCACCGUUUAUGUACAAUCCAAUAUGGCAGUCAAGACUUUGAUAGAGGGCCAACUACUCUUAGUUCAAUUCCUGUGCUUUCAGCCUGUAAUAGAACAUCUGUUUCUGGUAGUUUUAUGGUAAUAGCUGUAUGGAAGAACAGUUUUCAGGCUUUGUCAUGGAACAUAACAAUCCAUCAUUGUGAUUUGUUGAGAAACUGUUUCGAGUGCGGUUGCAACAUUGGUGAUACUACUGAGAACAAUUUGUGGACAUUUGAGAGUGAUUUUUCUGAAACGAGAUACUUCAUUUCUAUUCAUCCUUACUCAUCCAUACUUCCUUCUCCAUAUGACGAGGAUAUGAUUUCAAGUUUUGCGGUGGUCCAUCCUAGUAACUUUUUCUCAUUUGAAGAACAAGGAUGGAGUUCUGCUGAUGAAUUUAGCCCCAGCUACUCCACAUAUCACAUGGUCACAGGUUGUAGUGAUGGUACUGUAAAACUAUGGAGAAGUUUGCCUGCAAAUUUAUCCAGUCCAAAAUCACUCUGGGAUCUUGUUGGUGUGAUUGCUGCACAUCAAGGCCCAGUUUUGGCUAUAUCGCCUAGUGUUUGUGGACGAAAGAUUGCAACUGUCUCCCAUGCGGGAUGCUUAAGUAGUGCAAGUACUGUACAUGUAUGGGAAUGUGUGCACUUUGGGACUGGUGGCAAGUUUAUACUAGAGGAUACAAUAUGUUUUGAGGGAGAAGUUGUUGCUUUGAAUUGGUUGAUGCUGGGCGAUGGCCAUUUAUUAUUGGGUGUCUGCUCACAAAAUGAACUGAAGAUCUAUGCUCAAAGACGCUGUGGAGGACAGGAUAGUUUGAAGUCAGAAGAACAUGUUGAAGGAAAUAUUUGGGUUUGUAUUGCGGUAACUUCUAAAUAUCCUGUUAUUCAGGACUUCUUUUGGGGACCCAAAGCUACUGUCGGGGUUUUACACCAUGACUAUUUUUCUCUCUUCAGUCCUUUCUCACUCUUGGAUAAAAAGAAUCUGCUGUUUUUUUGCCCAAAAAGUACUCAUCCUUCCAUUUUGAAUGAUGGUUGCAAUGAGUAUUUGCUCCCUGCUGUUUUCAUUGAUUCUGACAUUUGUGGUACUGAAGGAUCAUCAGUUGAGGACUGUGGUCAACAACUCAAACCCCGGCCUUCUGUGAAUAUGAUUGCAGAAGAUAAUCUCCUCCCAUUCUUAGAUGUGGAGAGGAGUAAACAGAACUUGAAAUUUGAUUCUCUCAUUAAUUUUUGGAGCUUAUCAGAAGUAUCACAGAAGCUGGGAGGAUCUCUAUCUGCUUUUCAUCCUGAGGCACUUCUUCUGAACAUAAGUAAAGGUAACUGGAAACGGGCAUAUGUGACUUUGCAGUAUGUUCUUGAGAACAUUGCAUCCGCUAAAAUACAUGGGAAAAUGUAUUGCUUUGGGAAAGGUGGCCAUGUUGUUUCUCAGGUUCCUUUGUCAAAUUAUCUUGAAGGGCUGCUUUUUUCAAGCUCAGGUGAUAAAUCAUUUCAGCAGAAUGGAGCAGCAGAUAGCAUUGCAUCAUCUUCCCAGUUUCAGAAAGGAGCCUUUGCAUUUGGCUCCAGUUGGGCCCAGAGUGCUAAUGCACUCCCCUCAUUUUCAGUGAGAUCUGAACCUACAGACUUCGUUGAUGUUCUGGGAAAGCUGUAUGAGUCUGCUGGCAUAACCAAUACUGAAAAGAUGCAGAUGCAUGCUAUCAUUGAUAUCCUGCAAGAAGUUAUUAAUCACCACACUGUUUCUGUUUAUGGAAGCCUCGAUGAACCUGGUCGAAGGUUUUGGGUUGCAGUGAGGUUUCAACUGCAAUAUUUUGCAAAGAUAUAUGGUAGGUUACCUUUGGCAGGAGAGUUAGUUGUUUCAUCAGAGCAGAUUGGAUGGGCCUUUCACUCAGAUUGUGAAGAAAACUUGUUUGAUUCUCUUUUAUCUAACGAGCCAUCUUGGCAAGAAAUGCGUGAUGUUGGUGUUGGAUAUUGGUAUACAAACACAUCACAAUUGAGAUUGAAGAUGGAAAAGCUGGCCAGACAACAGUAUUUGAAAGCUAAAGAUCCCAAGGCUUGUAUACUUCUUUACAUAGCAUUGAAUAGGAUUCAAGUUCUGGCUGGCCUUUUUAAAAUGAGCAAGGACGAAAAGGACAAGCCUCUGGUGGGGUUUCUUUCACGCAAUUUCCAGGAUGAAAAGAAUAGGGCAGCUGCUUUGAAAAAUGCUUAUGUUUUAAUGGGAAAACAUCAGCUGGAGCUUGCUAUUGCUUUUUUUUUGCUUGGAGGGGAUACAUAUUCAGCAGUGAAUGUCUGUGCAAAAAACCUUGGGGAUGAACAACUUGCUUUGGUAAUUUGUCGUCUUGUUGAGGGGUAUGGUGGACCAUUAGAGCAUCAACUUAUUUCAAAAAUCAUCCUCCCAUCUGCAGUUUCAAGAGGUGAUUACUGGCUCGCAAGUCUUUUUGAGUGGAUAUUAGGAAAUUAUACAAAAGCAUAUCUUUCAAUGUUUGGUGACCAGACAAGUUUAAUAAACAAGGAGUCAGCUGUCUCAACUAGUAAGAAGUCUCUUCUGGACCCAAGUAUUGGUCAGUACUGCCUGAUGUUGGCAAACAAGACAAACAUGAAGAACGCCAUUGGGGAGCAAAAAGCGGCAGUUCUCAGUCGGUGGGCAGUAUUGAUAAGUGCUAUUGCAUUAAGCAGAUGCGGGUUGCCUCUUGAAGCGUUGGAGUGCCUUUCAUCAUGUCGCAAUGCUUUAGGUGCGCAAAAUCAAGGAACUGUGUUAGAGAACGGUGAUGUUGAGCUUCUGAAUCAAGUUCUGGAGCUAUCCCCAGUUGGAGAUUCCUCAAACUGGACAUUUUUUGAUCUGGCUAAGCAGAAAGAAUUACUUGCUAAAUCAGAUUUGGCUAUGCAGUACCUGUCACAAUUGUUAAAGGAACAUCCAAGCUGGGGGGAUAUUAUGGUACCGUUUGGUGGAUGUAAUUAUAUGGAGUCUGCUUAUGAAGAAUACAAGAGAUCUGUUGAAAAUUUUUAUGGAAAAUUAACGGUGACAUUGGAAUAUUUCCAGCAGAAGUUCUCCUUGAAUCCUUUCCAUCUCAUUGACAAGAUCGUAUUAUUCUUGCAUAACAAUGGCCUUCAAUAUAUUGGAUACCACAUAUUUCGUGUGUGUGGCUCCAGAUUCCUAUCACCAGAACAAUCAUGUAGAUUUGAUGCUUUCCUUUCUCACCCGCACAAGCUACUUUUUAGGAUGACUGAAGAAGUCUUGACAGUAUCAAGAUUUAUUGUUUCCAGUAGCUUAAGUUGCUCUCAUUUGAAAGUGUCUUCCACCAAGAGUGGAAUUGCUACUGAAACUUGUUCUCACUUGUUGGUAGCUUUGGAGUUUUAUCAAUGGAAUCUCAUACGGUCAUUACAGUGCAUUAGAGCCACACUGAAGUUGUUUUUUGGCUCAUCAACUGAAGAUAUCCUGCAUAUGCCUUUGACAGUUAUUGACUUAGCUGAAUACUAUGUCUAUUUUGCAUCUUCCUGGAGCCAAAUGAACUUGAGUCAUCUUGCUCUGAUCUCGAAGCCUAUUUUAAAGAGAUUUAGUCAAGAAGAUACUCCUCAGGAGAUCUUAAAGGACGUAAACAAAAUUCUUUCUGAGAUUAGAAAGAUUUUGGCUGAUGAGUUACCAUUGAAUGAUAUCGGAGCUUUUGAAAUCAACGAAGAGAUGCAACAUGAACAAGCUGGAGAUAUCUUAGUAAAGAUACCUGAAGAUGAUAGAUGGCUAGUUAUUGUCGUGUCUUUUUGGGGCCAAAUUUCUAGUUUUCUUAAGCAUCUGCUUGAUUUGCUCAUCGAAGUACUUGAAGAAAGCUCUUCUGUUCAAUCUCCAAGGGGGUUCCCCCUCCCGACAGUGCCAACUUUAUCUGUAGUUGGAGCUGAUGGGAAAGAUGUACAAUUACCAACUGCUGUUUUACCAUUUUCCAAGCUAUUGGAUGUAACAUGUUCACAUAUUUCUUUUUAUUGUGCAAAACAAUUAGCUUCAUACUUGCUGCUGAAAGGAGAUACAAGAAUUACAACCAUACUUUUAAGCACAGAAAAAGAUUAUUCUGAAUCUUUUUCCCAAUCCAAGUACUUUAGUCAAAGAGUUGACACUGUAGAUAUGUGGGAGAAUGAAGCUGAUUUAUCACCACAUGAGAUUUUCUGGCAUAUCUGUGCUGAUCCGAAAAUAUUUCCUGGUUUUGUGAGAGAAAAUUUGAAGUGGUUUGAGUGCAUUAAAAAGAAGUCUUCCAGAGGCUGGGUUGAUGUGUAUGUAAGUAUUCUGAGGGAAUACGAGGGUGGGGAAAUUGAUCGAGAAGAUGAUAGACUUGGAAGUCCUUGUAAAGCUGCUGGAUCACCUGUUGCAUGUCUGACCCCAAAUGAGCAUCCCUUCAUUGCUUCUGGGGGAAAAGACACAGAGAAAGUUGUUCCUUUUAAUACUCCUGCAGAAAUAUAUAAGAGAAGUGGAGAACUUUUGGAGGCUUUGUGCAUCAACUCCAUUGAUCAGCGUCAAGCUGCUCUUGCCACCAAUAGGAAGGGGAUAAUAUGCUUCAACUUGGAAGAUGGGCUACCUUGUGGAGAUGAAUCUAAAUAUGUCUGGGCAGAUGCUGACUGGCCCCACAAUGGGUGGGCCGGAUCUGAGUCUACUCCUGUCCCAACAUGUGUUUAUCCUGGAGUUGGUCUUGGAAGCAGAAAGGGAGCUCGCCUUGGGUUAGGCGGCGCAACUGUUGGUGCUGGCCUUUUUGCAGAGUCAGGUAAAGAGCUAAAGGAUGGUGGAGCAUUUGGACUUCCGGGUUAUUCUGGCAUGGUUGGAUCCAGCCUUGGAUGGGGGGUUCAGGCAGAUUUUGAACAAUUCGUUGAUCCAAUUCCUACUGUUGGAAGUGUGAAUGCCAGUUCAUUCUCAACUCAUCCUUCAAGGCCACUCUUCCUGGUUGGUUCCAGCAACACACAUGUAUAUUUAUGGGAGUUUGGUAAGGACAGAGCAACUGCUACAUAUGGGGUGCUUCCUGCUGCAAAUGUUCCUCCGCCGUAUGCCCUUGCAUCCAUCUCUGCUGUAAGGUUUGACCACUGUGGACACAGAUUUGUGACUGCUGCACAAGAUGGAACUGUUUGCACAUGGCAGCUAGAAGUUGGAGGAAGGAGCAAUGUUGGUCCAACAGAAUCCUCUAUCUGCUUUGACAAUCAUACAUCGGAUGUCACUUAUGUUACUCCUAGUGGGUCAAUCAUUGCGGCAGCUGGGUAUAGCUCUACUGGCAUCAAUGUGGUUAUUUGGGAUACACUUGCUCCGACAGCUACUUCACGGGCUUCUAUAAUGUGUCAUGAAGGUGGUGCACGCUCCCUUUCUGUCUUUGAUCAUAAUCUUGGAAGUGGUUCUGUUUCUCCCCUUAUUGUCACGGGUGGAAAAGCUGGUGAUGUUGGACUGCAUGACUUCCGCUACAUAGCUACUGGAAGGACAAAGAAGCACAAGCAUACAGACAACAUUGAGCAAAAUGUCAAUCUGUCUUCCACUGAAGACAUGCACAACAAAACUGGAGACCAGAACAGAAAUGGGAUGCUCUGGUAUAUACCAAAGGCACAUGCAGCGAGCGUGACCAAAAUAUCUACCAUCCCAAAUACAAGUUAUUUCCUGACGGGAAGUAAGGAUGGAGAUGUAAAACUCUGGGAUGCCAAGAGGGCCAGAUUAGUAUUUCAUUGGCCAAGAUUGCAUGAAAGGCACACUUUUCUGCAACCAAGCUCUCGUGGUUUUGGAGGAGUUUUUCGGGCGGCUGUUACUGAUAUUCAAGUUGUUUCUCAUGGUUUCCUUACAUGUGGUGGAGAUGGUACCGUAAAGUUGAUUAAGCUGAAAGAUUUUUCUCACUUCUGAAAAGGUAACAUGGUUCCCCUGGAGGAAUUGUAAAAUAAAGUUUUGACAAGAUAGUCUUUGCUGUUGAAGAAAUGUUGCAGUAUUGAACGUCUGUUUUAGAACUAAGACGAAUACCCUUGUUGGGCACCUCUGAAGUGGAGUUCCUUCUUGCUCCAAAAAUGAUAUGUAUAUUCGUAUCAGGUAGCCCUUCAUCAGUUUCAUCUGUUGAAGUCAUCAGUCCAUGAAAUUGGCCUUGGGGUUUGAGCCCAUGUACAUGCGUUUUUUGUUUCAUGUGGUAUAUAGCCUAAAUAGUACUAAAUGGUGAUUUCCUCUUGUUAGAUAUGUAAUGUAUAGUUGCAUGUACAGAGAUACCUGUACGUUGAGCAACCGCUUCAAAUUUUGUAGAUGUAUUACUUGUGUAUGGGCUAGAACCUAGACUGAUGUAAUUCUGUAAAGAGUGCAAUACAAGGGCUCUGUGGUCAUCCUUCCGUU